GCGCUUUCCUUUCACUUUUGCCCUUUUCCCGUCUAUUCCUAUCCACCCACCAUUGUCAAGGCCACGUGGCCCCCACACCCCUUGCCCUUUUCCAAAUCCAUUUUUCCCUUUUUCUUAAAAUAAAAAUAAAAUAAAAUAAUUCCGUCGGCCUUUUCUCUUUCCUUCUCGAACUCACGAUUCCUCUCUCUUCUCCGAAGUAUCGCCCCUUCCCCUCUAUCAUCCAUCUCCACAUCCCAGAACCUUCUAGAAACAACAAACCUCCUCCCUCCCGGCUCUCCGCCUCUCGUCGCCACUCGCCGGUGAAGCGUUUUUCGGAGCAGCCCCACACUAGCCAAGGACUCUGAUUAUUUUCUUCGCGGAAGUUCUCUGUGGAUCUGAGAGAGAGAGACAAGGUAGGGGCGAAAGAGGGCCAUGGCUUCCUUGCCGGACCAGAACGGCGACUCGGGACCGAGCAGCGGCGGGAGGGAGUCGCAGAGAACAAUACCGACGCCGUUCCUGACGAAAACGUAUGAGCUAGUGGACGAUCCGGAAGCCGACGAGUUGAUUUCGUGGAGCGAAGGCGGAUCCACUUUCGUCGUGUGGCGGCCGGCCGAGUUCGCCAGAGAUAUUCUUCCCAAGUAUUUCAAACACAACAACUUCUCCAGCUUUGUUCGCCAGCUCAACACUUAUGGAUUUCGGAAGGUUGUGCCGGAUCGGUGGGAGUUUGCUAACGACUGCUUCAAAAGAGGGGAGAAAGGCCUGCUCCGUGAUAUUCAGCGCCGGAAAAUUUCCCCGGCUGCGUCCAAUUCCGCCGCGACGGUGGCGGCGGCAGCGGCAGCGGCGGUUACAGCGGCGGCUCUGCCUACUGCGGCGGUUUCGGUGUCUCCGGCAAACUCCGGGGACGAGCAGGUGAUCUCGUCGAACUCUUCGCCGAUGGCUGUUCCGAUGCCGACGCCGACUCCGGUGGUGACGAUGCUGCAGCGGACGAGGAGCUGCAACACCACGGCGGAGAUAUUAGAGGAGAAUGAGCGGUUGAGGAAAGAGAACAUGCAGCUAAGCAAUGAACUGACUCAGCUUAGGGGGCUGUGUAACAAUAUACUGGCAAUGAUGACCAACUACGCCUCGGGGCAGUUGGCGAGAGGCGGCGGAGAUGUGGCCGAAGAUAACCGGCUUUCUCCACCGUCUCUUGCUGUAAAAAUUUCCCAUCAGGGUGAAAACGCCGCCGGUCCAGGCGGAGACAAGGCGGAGGAGGAGGAUAUGGAAGAGGAUCAGGAGGAGGAGACGCCGUUGCCGCCGCAGCCGAUUACGACGCCGAAGCUGUUUGGGGUGGCAAUCGGGGUGAAGCGCGUUAGGAGAGAAGAGGAGGGGGAAGAUCAGGAGCGUAGAAAGCAAGUGUGUGAUAAGGUGGUGAAGCAGGAGCCGUCGGAUGGGAGCUCCAAGCACGAUAAGGAGAGUACGUGGCUGGAGCUGAGGAAGUGAUGUGCGGGGGGUAGACAUUUGUAUCGUGAUGUUGAAAAUGAGUCAGAGCUUCACCGCACGAAAGCGGAGGCGCACACGUGCCAAAGGGUGUGGAGAAUCUUUAAUUUUUUCUGGUACAUUCUGGAAAGCUGCGAAUGCGGUGUCGUUUCUGUGUCCAUUUUUUCGGCUGAAAGAAGCGCCAAAAAAGGAAACAGUAAAACGUAGCAUCUCCCUCCUGAAAGGUAAAAAAUGCGAAGGUCCAGUCAAAGUUUCGGAAUUUACCCUUCACUUUUGUUAAUUAUGAUGAUGAUGAUGAUGAAAAUUUAUAAGGGGUUUCUGGAUUAUGAGCAGAAAUACAACAGUUUUGACCAGCACUGUACUAAUAUGUGUUAGGGAUGCUGAUUUAUGUUUGAAGAUUAGAAAUUUAAUUAUCAAAUUAGUCAAAUGAAUUUGCGGGUUUAGAAGGGUACCUGGUCAAAUACUCAAAUGUAGCUUGUUGGUUGUUUAUGACUUUAUGUAAUAGAAAACAAUAUGUUGGUUU